GACACUCUAUAUCUCGGUAAUACGACAAUACUGAUAAUAGUUCGCCGGAUGUCGCCAACGACAUUUGUUUGCAGUGUGCGGCCGUCUCUCGCACGAGUAAUGUCGUUGGGUGUAGUUUUUUUUUGAGAUUAGUUUCCUUUGUCUUCUGUGCGUGAAAUUUUUUACGAAAAUGGGCCAGCAUGUCUCGAGGACAGACUUCGAGUGGGUUUACACGGAGGAGCCACACGCCACACGAAGAAAAAUAAUUCUAGAAAAAUAUCCACAAAUUAAGAAAUUGUUUGGAUAUGAUUCAAAUUUCAAAUGGAUAGUCACUUUUAUGGUAUUAGUACAAUUUCUAUCCUUCUUUAUAGUAAAAGAUUUGAGUUACCCAAAACUAUUAAUAUUAGCAUAUUGCUUUGGUGGUGUGAUAAAUCACUCUCUUAUGCUUGCUGUACAUGAGAUAGCUCAUAAUCUUGCCUUUGGACAUGCCAGACCCAUGGCUAACAGACUAUUUGGUUUUUUUGCAAAUUUGCCAAUAGGAAUACCAAUGUCUAUUAGUUUCAAAAAAUAUCAUCUUGAGCACCAUCGUUAUCAAGGAGAUGAAAAACUAGAUACAGAUUUGCCAACAUUAUUAGAGGCAAAGUUAUUUUGCACGACUUUUGGGAAAUUUUGUUGGUUGUUCCUGCAACCAUUCUUCUAUUCUCUGCGUCCUCUCAUAACGUAUCCAAAAAAACCAACUCCAUUAGAAUACAUUAAUCUUGUGAUACAAUUGAUAUUUGAUGGCUGCGUGUGGUAUUAUUUUGGUGGCAAAGUGUUAUUUUACCUGCUCAUUGGCUCAGUUCUUGCAAUGGGGCUACAUCCUGUGGCAGGACACUUUAUAUCGGAACACUACAUGUAUAGGAAGGGUUUCGAGACAUACAGUUAUUAUGGUCCUCUAAAUUUUAUCACCUUCAAUGUUGGAUAUCAUAAUGAGCACCAUGACUUCCCUGCAGUGCCUGGUUCUAGAUUACCAGAGGUGAGACGUAUAGCUGCAGAAUUUUACGAAAACUUGCCACAGCAUAACUCAUGGGCGUCAGUUUUAUAUGACUUUGUGAUGGAUCCUGAAAUUGGACCGUAUGCGAGAAUGAAAAGGAAACAUCGAGGACUAGAUCAAUAGAUAUUAAUAUUUUUUUAUAGACUUACAGUCGGGUGCAUUUAUGGUGUAUGUCUCUUUAUGCUUUCAUUCGAAAGCGCAGUUUGUGAUACGUGAGUUUUUUCUUAAAACGAUUAAACUGCACAAUUCAUUAUAUGAACUAAAAAGAUAUGCCUUCACAGU